AUGGGUAGUUAAUGCUCAUAGUGUUAGACUUGUUAAAAAAGAGACGAGUAGGUCGUUGUUGUAUCUGAGAUCAGACAACAGAGUUCCCAAAAUAUGAAUCAAUAUUCUCAACAACCACUUGAUGAGGAAAAUGAUGAAAUGAGUAAAGGAGUAGAUUUGUUGAAGAAUGAAAAUUUGGAAUAAAAAUAUUAAUCAGAAGCACCAACCCCAACACCUAUAGCCACUCCGGGUUUAGCAACUACAUAAUUAGUUUCUUUUAAUAUUCAAAUACAAUAACCUCAAAUGACUUAGGAGUCUUAGAAUGAUCCCAGUAUGAUUAAGAAAGAUGGAAUGAAUAAAAGAAAUUAAGAGGAUUUAAAUUUAGAUGAGACUAAUAGACAGGGUCCCAGAGAGAAGAGACCAAAAUAUGUAUUUAAGAGCGGAGCAAUUUAUGAAGGCGAAUGGGUUGGAAAUAUGCGAGAUGGCUAUGGUACUUAAAUAUGGUCUGAUGGUGCAAAAUAUGAAGGUGAAUGGAAGGCAAAUUAAGCAAAUGGCAGAGGAAAGUUUUGGCAUGUAGAUGGAGACUAUUAUGAAGGCGAGUGGAAAAACGAUAGAGCGAAUGGAGUAGGAAAGUAUAUUCAUACAGAUGGGGCAUAAUAUGAUGGGGAAUGGUUGGAAGACUUAUAACAUGGAUAAGGAAAGGAAUUUUGGGCAGAUAAUUCUAAAUAUGAAGGAUAAUAUAGGUACGGAAAAAAGUAAGGACUCGGAUGGUACUAAUGGACAGAUGGUUCUACUUAUAAAGGAAUGUGGAGUGAUAACAAAUUGAAUGGUUUUGGAGUCUAUAAUUGGCCUGAUGGGAGGCGCUAUGAAGGAUUUUGGUAACAUAACCAGAUGAAUGGUAGAGGGAUAUACUAUUGGCCAGACGGGAGGUAUUACGACGGAGAGUAUUUUAAUGAUAAGAAGCAUGGAUUUGGAGUGUAUAAAUGGAAUGACGGUCGCUGUUAUGAGGGGUAUUGGCUCUAGGGAAAGUAACACGGAAUUGGAAGAUAUAUAUUAAACGAUGGGCAGAGCCAAGUGGGAGUUUGGGAAAAUGGGUAAAGAAAAAGAUGGUUAGAAGGAGAAAGUAGAAUAGAGAGACCUAGAGACUGGGAUAAAUAUGUACAUCCAAAAUUAGAUGACUUUUAAUGA